UUUAAAUUUUUGUUUCAAUAUUAAUAUUGUGCAUAAAAUUAUCACAAGUCAAAACCAAUGGUUGCCGUUAACGAUAUGCUUAGUGUUGAAAUGUAUCAAAACACUUAUCACGGUGUAACAAAUAGUUCUGAUAGAUAUAAAUACUAUCAACCACCAUCGAGUCACCAUCAUUUUCAUCAUCACUAUAACUUAGGAUUAAAUCCUCCACAUCAUCCGCAUCAUCAUUCGCAUCAUCAUCACCAUCAUCCUAAUACAACUCCACCAAUAGCAAUUGGAGCAACCAUACCUAAUCAACAUCAUCUUCAUCAGCAACAGCAGCAGCAUCAACAACAACAUCAACAGCAAUCGCAACAAUUGCAUCAUAGAUUAAUAAGUAAAAAUGAAAUUGAUUCUUAUCAAAUGUAUUCAGCAAAUCAAUCACCAUCAAAUUUACCACCACCGCCACAGCUCCAUCAUCAUCAUCAUCAUCAGCAACAGCAGCAACAACAUGAGCAACAACAACAUCAUAAUUUAAAUGAACCUAGUCAUUAUACAACAAAUGAUUGCCUAAAUAAUCAAAUGGGUUUAUCAUCAAUUGUAGCAGCAACACCAACAUCUCCCGGUACAUUAAACCCUUUGUUUCCGCAUUCGAAUAUGCAUAACUCAUCACCGACUCCAUCCUCAACUUCAUCAUCAAUUAUUGAAUGUACUAGUAAACUGAAUACAAAUCAUCAAACAAUGGCAGCGGCGGCGGCGGCUGCUGCUGCAGCAGCUGUUGCAUAUCCAUCUAUAGUUCAUUAUUAUGAUGAUGAUAAUUUACAUUUAUAUUAUGGAUCAACUAUGACAACAGCACAAUCUUCAUCAUCAACAACAACAGCAACACCUCCAAUUAGUUUAGAACAACAGCAACAACACCAACAACAAAUAAAUGCUCAAAAUACACUUAAUAGUAUUAAUGAACCAGAGAUAAUUAAUUUAGAAAAUGGAUUAAGUUAUACAAAUUUAGAUUGUAAUUAUAGUCAAGCAUAUAAUAUAAGUAAUCAUGACAAUCCAUAUUAUGAUGGACCUGAAGAUAUUAAACAUUCAUUACAUUUGUCACAUAUUGGGCAAAUCGACUAUAUGACACAUGAAACUUCAACAAAUCAUUUAGAAUUGUCAAAAACUUCACAAAACCAAAAGCAGUUAUCAGAUAAUAUUGAUUGUUUGGAUUUACCAAAUAUUAGCAUGAAUAGUAAAUCGUCGGAUAAUCAAAAUCUUAGUAAUAAUAAUCAACAAAGUAUAUUAACAUAUAAAUGGAUGCAACUAAAACGUAAUGUGCCAAAACCUCAAAACCCAAAAAAUUCAAUUUCCUUGCAUGACUGUCAUAUUAAUGAAGUUGACACUUUUCGAGGGAUAUCUGGACAGCAAAAUAAUCCAAUGUUAUUGCAUAAUUUAAGCAAUACUAGUAAUAUAAAUAAUUCUGGAAGAACAAAUUUUACAAAUAAGCAGCUUACUGAAUUAGAGAAAGAAUUUCAUUUUAACCGGUAUUUAACAAGAGCACGUAGAAUCGAAAUUGCCAAUUCUUUACAAUUAAAUGAAACUCAGGUUAAAAUAUGGUUUCAAAAUAGACGAAUGAAACAGAAAAAACGAGCUAAAGAAGGUUGGAUACCUGCUGAUACUGUCAAUCAAUCAAAUAUGUCAGUUGUUGUUGCAUCUGAUGGCAAAUCAAGUACUUAUCAGUUAAAUAAAAGGGAAACAAGUACAUCUGAUAAUAAUAUACCACAAAAUACCAGUGAUUCUAAUAAUAAAUGA